GCGCAUUUCCCAUUGGCAAGAGGAGAGCGAAAAGAGGGGAGCGGAGUGAGAGAGGAACUUCACUGCGCACUGUGGAUAGAGGAUAGACCGCUGUACUGAGCUCACAGUAUGCGCACGCAGGUUCGAGAGUGGACCGUAGCGAUUUAACAGGCGGAGAAGAAGCGGACGUGGGGGAAAGUUACCACUAAAGUAUGGAGAUGUAUCAAUAACACUGUUUACCAAGUGCCCGGAGACAUUUUUUCUUUACACUGGAUUGUACUAUAGACUGCAUCUUUUGAGCGUCCAGCGAAUGAGAGCCAGUGGUGCCGUGGUGGACUCUAGCACAGUCGCAUUGGAGCGGAGAGUGAAGCCAUCCACAAGUCAGCGAGUGGUCGCAGCAUCACGCAACAUGUUCACGCUGUACCUUAUCUUCUGCCUUAUGGCCACAGGGGCCUCCAAAGCAGCCUACUUCUCCCAGCAGCCCCAGGACCAAGUGGUGGUUGCGGGCCAGUCAGUGACGCUGCCCUGUGUCAUUGUGGGCUACAGAGGGAUGGUGCAAUGGACCAAAGAUGGCUUGGCAUUAGGAGGAGAACGAGAUUUACCAGGAUGGACACGCUACUCCUUAAUGGGCGACCCACUAUCAGGCGAGCACAGCUUGCUGAUCGAUUCGGCUGAGUUGGCGGAUGACGCGGUGUAUGAGUGUCAGGCUACACAGGCAGGACUGCGCUCCCACCGUGCCAAACUCACUGUACUAGUUCCUCCAUCAGACCCGGUGGUGGAGGGCGGUCCAGUGGUGCGUCUCAAAGCCCACACACCACACAACCUCACCUGCAAAGCCUCAGGAGCCAAACCAGCAGCCGAAAUCACCUGGUACAGAGACGGAGAAGUCAUGGAGACAGCCAUUUACUCCAAGACGCCAAUGGAGGACGGGAAGAGGGAGUCAGCUGUCAGUAUGCUUCCCAUUGUUCCGGAGGACAGUGAUUCCGGACGCACCUACACCUGCCGUGUGCUCAACCCAGCAGCCCCCGCGGGACGCCAAACAUCCAUCACCAUCAAUGUCCAGCACCCUCCUGCAGUGACAUUAUCAGUCCAGCCACAGACAGUGACGGAGGGAGCCAAGGUCCUCUUUAUCUGCUCUGCCUCGGCCAACCCAGAGAUCACUGGAUACAGGUGGUCUAAAGGAGGAGUCCCCAUUAAGGAGGCAAACGGGGACAGCCUGGAGGUGACAGUUGACUAUUCCUUCUUCACGGACCCUGUCUCCUGUGAGGUGUCCAACUCCGUCGGCAGCACCAAUGUUAGCACUCUGGUGGAUGUCCAGUUCGGCCCCAGACUUCUCUCGGAGCCCAAGCCAAUGACAGUGGAUAUGGGGAUGGACGCUGCCUUCACUUGUGCCUGGACCGGGAACCCUCCUCUGACCCUGGCCUGGACAAAGCAAGGCUCCAAUGUGGUGCUCAGUAACAGUAACACCUUGCAGUUGAAGGCUGUGACCCAGGAGGAUGCGGGGGUCUACACGUGCAAGGCCAUUGUACCACGGAUUGGAGUGGCAGAAAGAGACGUUACUCUAACUGUAAACGGCCCACCUAUCAUCACAGCAGAUGCCACACAGCACGCCAUCAAGCACUCCAAGGGCAAGCUGGAGUGCAGAGUGGGAAGCAGCCCCCCACCUGAUAAGAUUGUGUGGACUUUUGGAGACAUGACUCUGUCCUCGGGCUCUUCUGGUCGUUAUUCGGUGCACACAGUCACCAGCAGUGUCGGGGUGGUGUCGACACUUGUGCUGUCCGAGACUUUGGCGCAGGAUUUCCAGAUGCGCUACAACUGCACCGCCUGGAACCGAUUUGGCACCGGCACAGCUCUAGUUACACUAAAGGAGCAAGAAGCCUUGCCUAUGCUGAUCAUCGUUGGAGGAGCGGUUGGGGGAGGCUGUGUGCUCCUCAUAUGUGUCAUUACUUUGGUGUCUUUGUGCUGCAGACACACAGGCAAAGGUGAGCUCAACGGUAAAAGAUGCACCCGUCUCUCCAAGAGUGAUAUCCGAGUUCAGAUAGUUCACAGUGAUCACAAUGCAACCCGAGGCAAUGACGAUGAGGAGGAUGUCAAAGAGCCCAUGGCUCCAAACAGCAGCGAGUCUCCCGGGACAUCCCGCACAGAACACAGCGAUCUACUGGAGGAGGAGGAGGAUGAACGAUCAGACAUUAAGGAUCCAACCAAUGGAUAUUAUAAUGUGCGUGGACAUGAUGACCGGCACAUUCGAGGCUCUGGAUUCGGAUCGGAGUUUGCCCCAAACUCUCGUCCAGUCUACACCCCCUCCCAGCUGCCUUCGCCGAGCCCAGUGUACGGCCAGCACGGCACCCAACCUCGGAUCUAUGAGUUCGCCCACAGAUAUGCCACCAACACUGUGAGCCGCUCCUCCUAUGAGCAGCAGCCCACGCAGCAGCAGCAACCGGCACAGCAGGGAAACAUGUACCCCACAGACCCUGUGUACAGCGGCUCUGCCUACCUGCCCGCGCCCUAUGGCCGCGCCUUCACCAGCUAUGUCAAACCUGCCUCCUAUGAGAAGGUGGAUGCUUAUGACCAAUCGGACCAGGCUAGCAAAGUGUCUAGUUCAUCUCGUUUCUCUUACGCGUCUUCACAGGUGUCAUCCCAGCAGUCUGACUAUGGGCGGCCCUCACAGCGAAUGCAGACUCAUGUCUGAUGGACUAAACAAAAAGACAGUUAGUGGAUAACUGCUGUGUGGACUAACAUACUCAGUGACUUUCUCUACUUGGAUGGUCCUUAAUGGAAUUUUGAACAGUAUUUGGAUGAAGUCAUUUUGGUUAUGAAAUAACCAAGCCCAUUCUAGAGGGAACAACAAUGAAGCUGGAGCAAUCAAAAGACAGUGAUGUUCGAGCUUCUAAAUAAGUGUGAUACCUCAUCAGGUUAUCUCCAUGUGUUCAAUCAGACUAUGGAGGUAUUCUGCCAGUGAAGGGCCAACUUUGUACUCUCAUCAAUAUGAAUGGCCAAUCGACUGGGGGAGCUGUUUACCUGCAUUCCAGAGUUUACUAAACAUCAGCUAUGGCCUCUUAUUUCUUGAAUGAAGAAACUACAAGCUACAAGAUAUUCAAGGAAAUACACAUUUACUGUUGUCUGCCAUUUGGUGUUUUGUUGGCAUGCAAAAGGAAUUCUAAGCACAUUAGUGUCUAUCAUCAACAAAGGAGUGAGUUAACCACAGAAACUGUCUAUUAUGAUUCUGCACAACAGGCUAGCUCUACUGACCACCAGUGCUGCAGACACUGAACUUUGGUACAUCCAGUCAGAGGUGGAGCCUGAGGGUCAGUGCUGGUCAUUGGAUAACACCUGUGGUGGAGUAAUGAGGAGAAUGUGUAAUUUACCAGACAAAGGUUUGAUGUAUGUAUUGUACCAAGAGGGACACAGGAGGGGUUAAGGAACCCAAAGAUGGGGCUGACUGUAUAGAGGUGGUUUUGUAAGGUUAAGUUAAUGGAGAAACAAAGAAAUUGCUUUUAUGGAACAAUCAAAAAACGAGUUUAGAUUCGAACGAUGUAUUGGCAAUCUUGAAUAGAAAUAAACUUGAAAGCAGCAUCGUCUGGCUCAUGGGUAGAGUAUGGCAGUCCAAAGGUGUACCACACACUCCAGAUUCUGACAUGUUUACAAAAACAGUACUACCCUGAAUAUCAUGUGUACAAAUGAUUGAGCCCAUACUUUUUCUCUGUUGCAUGCAAACGAUGUGUCUAGUGAAACUCUUGAGCGUUUAUCUUCAUGAACAUUUCAUGUUUGAGCCGUAGCUUUGUGCACACGGCCCGUUCCACUUUCUGAACAUUUCUGUAUGAAUGCCUGUACUGCCAUUUGUCUGAGGCUGAGGCAGCCAACAAGAGAACAAUGACACUUAAAGUGAGAGAGCAAAGAUCAUCGCUUGUCUUUAUUUUUAUAUUUUUAAUGAGCCUUAAUGUACAGCGUGCAAGCUGCUAAACUGUAAAUUUGAUCUUUAUAUACAUUUAUCUGUUGAUUUAUUUUGGUUCAUAAGAGUUUGUUGUCCAUCUAUCAUUCAACGCAAUUAAUGCUUUUUGGGUCACAACUAAUUGCCAUCCAUUUUUAUUGUUUUAAUAAUGUAUUGAGAAGUUUAUUUGCUAUAAUAAGCUAUUGUUGCUUGUACCUUUGUACACAUAUUUAUAUUUAAAUAAAAUCAUU